AUGGCGACAGCAAUCCAAAGCGUAGCAAUCACUGGAACAAAGGACCGUACAAGUCCUAAACCACACACAGUCUAUGAAAUCACCGUCACCACGCCGAUGCGCUCAUGGCAAAUGUGGCGACGGUACUCGGAAUUUGACGACUUGCACGACGAGCUCGUCAAAACAUGCUCAGCAGCACCUCCAGCGCCUCUCCCGGGCAAGCACUUCUGGUCCUUGAAGAGCAGCUUUCACAACGAGGCGCUGAUCCAGGAGCGCAAGGCCGGGCUGGAGACAUACCUGCGUGCCAUUAUCGCGUCCAAGGAUUCUCAGUGGAGAGACAACGCUGCAUUUAGACAGUUCUUGGGUGUCCCAACGUCCAAGUACCAGGAAGCCCAGGCAGCGAAAUCGGUUGGCCCCGUGUUCUCCACGGCGUCAUGGAUCGAGGAGCAUUCAGAACUCCAGACGCUUGCGAGAAACGUUCGAGCAUCUCUUAACAAGCGCGAUUCACUCUGGGACUCCGGUGACACGCGCGCGUCGAGCUCGUCCAACAUUCAGGCGAAACGACAGCUCGCCGACCUUGCCGACCGCGUAGGCAAUCUAGCAAAGGGACUACAAUCCCUGAGCGAGGCAGGACUCAGCCCCGGAGAACUCCAACGCCGUACGGAUAUGGUGACAAAGCUGCAAGACGACUGCGAGCAGCUGACGCGCAUCGUCGCUAUUGCGCGUAACCCCAACCGACGAGCAAACGCACCUACCUCAGCGGAUGCGAUGCCCUCUGGUAGUGCACGUUCAAACCUGCUCAGCGGGCAACUCGUCCCGUCACGCGCGUGUUCGCUUCAGAAGCAAAAGAUGGACGACCAAGACUCGCAGCUCGACAAUCUCUCCGCCAUCCUACAGCGGCAGAUGCACAUUGGAAUGGCGAUUUCAACAGAGGUAGAGGAACAGAACAAGAUUUUGGACGAGAUGAACGAAGACGUUGACCGGGUCACGGACAAGCUGAAGCGGGGUAAUAAACUCAUGACCAAGAUUUCCUAG